UUCCCUUUUUUGCGAGUGAAAGACGAUUCCAAGUGAUUKCUUAGKCUCUCCUUACUCAACUGACAACAAAAGAAUCAUCUGAAAUGUAAAAAAGCUUUUAAUAGCUUUUUAAAUGGCUAAAAUACGAUUAUUUUUCAGUUUAUUCUUUACUUUGUUUUGCAUUUGCCUGGGGAAGCUAGAGUUAAGAAAUGUGAUAAGCUACAAAGCCUCGAAGUAUUCCUACUACCAGCCCUGGAAUCUUCGCGGGGAGCUAACGUUUAUUUUUAAGACGACUCAAAAAAAUGGAUUGCUCGUCUACCAAGAUGACGGGAAACAUAGCUUCAUGGAGGUGUUCCUCGUAGAAGGUAGUGUGCGCUUAAAAGCCUGCCUUGGAAGUUGUGAUAAUGUUGUCAAGAUCUUUAUCGGAGAGAACUUUUCCGACGGGUUUUGGCACAAGCUCCGGAUCGUCAGAAAGUCAGAUAACUGUACAAUUUCCUUGGACGACAACAUCUCGUGGUUCCCGUGCGCAGGGUCUCAGGAUCAACGAUUCAAGUACUAUGAUAACUUUCUGUAUAUUGCAAACUUUAAUCCUGUUGUUUCGUUGAACAACAUUGUAUUUCCCGGUGCUUUUCACGAGGGCUUGUACUACAGAUUUCAAGGCUGCAUCGGCGACGUAAAAUUCUCAAACCACAAAGGCAAACUAGUUGACGCUACAUUGAARCAAACAACUGGAGAAAGAGGCUGCGAAAGCGCAUGCGCCGUAUCCAAUGUAAACAAAUGUCAGAAUAAAGGCAAAUGCGUCGAUGAAAUUGGCCACGUGAUUUGUGAUUGUACUGCUACUGGYUACGAUGGAUCAGUGUGUUCUGAACCCUCAUCGUCUUUGUUCUUGAAUGGCAGCGGUUACCUACUGUAUGACGUAGGUGUUCAUCACCCUGGCAGAUCAACUGUGGCUAAUACCAUUGCAUUUCGUUUUGCAACCACAAACCCCAGAGGGGUCCUGUUGCURACUGAUAUAGCAGAUGAUCACGUGUUGGUGGAACUGGUAAACGGGUUUCUAAGAGUGAGCUGGGACCUGGGACAAGGUGGCCUGGUACUAAUGAGUCGUCAUGGCUGCUUACAUGACGCAGUUUGGCACUCUGUCACCAUCAACCGACUACAACGUCGUGUCAAGAUGACAGUCGACGGACAGAAACCCAUCCAUGCCGCCAUUCCUGGAAAGUUUUCAUUCUUGGACUUUAAAGGAGGGAGAGAGUACAUGCUCUUUGGUGGUGGACCUCUGACCAAAGCUUUUAAUCGUUCGCUAUCACGUGCUAACUUUACAGGCUUUCUACAGCAGUUUCAGUUUGACGAAUUUGACGUCAUUGAUGAAACUAUUUUGGAUAAUACGUUUGAAUUGAUUGGUUACGGUGCACUGAAUGCAAGUAAUCUAUACCACCUGAUACCUCCUAGCCCCAGUCCUCUGGUGAACUGUUCCAGAGAGGUUGACCCUGACAAGGAGAGACUGUGCGAUGGAGUUGAUGACGAGGAUAUGUGUGGUUCACCAGCCGAGGCAUCAGGGUCCGGACCUCUUGGCCCAGAUUGCGAUGAUGGUGAUUCUUGUGCAACUUCUACUGAUUCGCAGCUUUCAASUGAAAGCCCUACAGUUCAAGCAUCAUCACACCAUAACUUAUCUUCCAAUGAGAUGACGUCGCUCGCUACGUCACAAAUUCGUCCCACUCCACCUCAAUCACAAAAGUCAACAAUGACGUCACCAACAUCUGAAAAAGUCGCGCCUUUGGCUACGGAUUCUGGCGGAUUCUUACCAACAAAUCAAAACAAAUCUUUUUAUGGCAACUUUAGUGGCAUCAUACAGACUACUUCAAUGGCAGAGAGUUCUGGAGGGUCCCCAAAUACAACUUUCAAGAGUUCUGAAUCAAAGAUAACGCCUUAUCCUUCACCGUUCAAUACAACACUCUUUACUUUGUUUAAAUCUACUCCAGCUUGGUCUAUGAAUAACACUUUGUCCACGGUAGUCACCCACACCAGCUCUGUUGAUAAUUCCACUGUAUUGGCCUUCAGAAAUGACGUCACAAAAAYCACAGGAAGACCAGCGUGUCUCUUAGCUUUGGUAAUUGUAACAAUUAUUGGAUGGUGAUUGUAUUUACAGUACUUGGAGAAUAUAUUCUUCAAUACAAAGGACUUUCUCUUGCACAACUCAGUGAUUAAUGGAAUCGCUAUUUCUUGAAUAACCUAUAAACAA